AUGGCGGCCAUUUGUCACUAGCUCAUUAAUCUGUGAUGGCGGCGUAGUAUAGAAAAGUAUUAAAAUAAAGCGUAGGUAACCGGGUAAUCUGUGGCUUCCACUAUGAGUUCAAAACCAAACAACACAUUUUAUUGUUCAUUUGUUAGCAUCCAUUAUAUUAUCUGUGAGUGCGGAGAUACUUUUCCUACAGAAGAUGAAUUAAAGUUACAUUUGGAAACCGAUCAUAAUCGGCUGAAAAUUGAAACCUAUGAAUUCAAAUGUGCCACGUGUGAGAAAGUUUUCUCAUCUGAAAGAGCCUGUUUGUCUCACCAACGGAUCCAUACAGCUCCUCAGCCUCGCGUUUACCGCUCUCCAGACUCUUUGGGAAAGAAAAAGUCUAAUGGUGUUAAAAGACAUGUCUGUGAAAACUGUGGCAAACAAUAUGCUACAAAUGCAGCUCUCCGCUAUCACCAGCGUGUGCAUACUGGCGAGCGCCCAUACAAGUGUUCUUUAUGCCCUAAAGCUUUCACUAUGCCACUUUUCCUACAGAUCCAUGUUCGCACGCACACAGGUGAGCGUCCAUACCAGUGUCCACAUUGUCCCAAAGCUUUUAGCAACAAAGCAGCACUGCUUAGACAUGAUCGGGUCCAUACAGGUGUGAAACCCUACGGCUGUCCGACUUGUGGCAAGACCUUUACUCAAUCAAAUUCUAUGAAACUUCAUGUCAACACUGUCCACCUUAAAAUGCCUGCCCCUUACAAGAGCAAGAGCAGAAAGCUGAAGGAUGCUGAAAGAGAGCGAAGACGUAUGGCAAUGCAAGCUGAUGUUCGCAUUCAGAAGACAGCAGUCCAAAUCGAAAAUCAACAGAACUUGUCGGAAGCAAUCAAGACCGAGUUGGUCUAUGAAGAUGAUGUUGUGUAUGCAGAGGAAGCUGAUGCACAGGAAAUCUAUGAAGAGUCCGAAAUCCCGGUUUACGCUGCCGAGGAGCUCUUCCACGGAGUAAAAGAAGAACAAGAGGAAGAGAUGAUCUUCUAUGAGGAAGAAGUUGAAUACCCUGAAGUUAUGUAUGAAGAAGUUUAUGAGGUCACAGAAGCCUAUAACUCAUAGGAGUGAGAAAUAUUUACAUAAAAAAACUGCAUAAUGCCGAGGUAGAACUCUUAUCUUAAAAAAUAAGGUUUAGUAAACCCUAAAUUUUAAGUUUGUAUAGAAUUAAAAUAGUCUUAAAUCACAAUUUAAUUUAGCCAGUCAUAUCAAAGAAAUUUUAAUAAACGCGUUUUAAUUCGAUCAAUUGCGUUUUAAAAGUGUAUUUGAAAAUACAAUAGUAUAUCUUCUCAAACAAUACUCAAACAUUUAAUUCAUAGUUUUUUCAAGAAAUACACAAUAUUUUACUGCAACCGUUUAAAAUAAAAAGUAGGACACUACAAUAAAAAAAAGAAUUAAAGUGUGAAUUUGUAAAUUAUCAUAAAUGCGCCAUUGUUACUACAUAAUAUAACAAUGUGUAAUAUAUAAAAUAAAUUAUCAUUGAAAUGUUUGUUUUGGUAUAAAAUUUAAUAUUCAUUCAAUGAAAAUCAUAACAGAUAUUUCACCGAUAAUUUGUAACUAAGAUAUGAUUCAUUAAGAAUAUUUGGAAAAUUUAAUAAAGACGGAAAUUAAUCUUACUGACUAUUAAUGAGAUUAUUUUCCGCUCAACAAGCUCAAUAUUAAAUUUCUGUGGGAUAACGUGACGAUGAUAUGCUAUUGUAUUUGUAAGGAAUGAUACACAAAUUAAAAAAAUUAUUACGAGGAAGAUCUAAACUUGACGUGAGCAAAGCCUUAGCCAAGUACGCUUUAGACAUCAACUUUAGAUGCCUCUGAAUCUUACAACACCUCAUACAAGCCUACUCAGACUCGUCUGUAUAAUUUUAUUUAAUUUUUGCCACAUGAGGCAAAAAUUAAGCAUAGAAUUUGUUUGUUAAUUAUUGACUUUGAGUAUGGCUUUUCGUUUCUUUAAAAUAAAUUUUACAUUUAAGUUUGCAUAAGUACUGUAUAUAAAAAUUAUAAGUGAAUUAUUGAUUUCCGCACAAUGUAUUAAGUUUGUGUAAACGAAAAUCUGCUUUGUCAUUUUCACUUUUCAAAAUUUAUCAUUCGUAUAUGUUAAAUAGUACUUUUUGAUAAAACUUUCCGACAAUUUGUUUAGUAAUCACAUGUAAUUUAUUUGUGCUUCGUUUUAGUUCCAUACACGGCCACAGAACAAUAUUGUUCAACAAUUUAUUGGUACUCUCCUAUUACGAUAGCUUUUCGUUUAUUUGUAGCAUAAACAAUUCCAAUAAUAAAUUAGUUCAUAAUGGUUGUAACCAUAGACAAACAGAAAUAUGAAAAUGUCAAAUAUGACAGUUGUCUUUUCAGUUUAACAAUAAAUACAAUUGGCCUAAAUCAUUAAUGGCCCUUAGCCUGACUUACAUGAUUCACUUUCCAUGUUCGUUAAUAUUGAACAUUACUGUUUGUGGGUGAUUAUGCAAUAAAUCUAACGCAUAAAAAUAUGAUUUUUGUAUAAAUAUACUUUUAAAAAUAUUA